CGAUUGUAGACGUGCUUCUCGCAGGUUGUUGCCGCCGACGACAUGAUCCGCGAUGCUGCCGUGUCAGGGACCCAGCGCGUCCAGCGGCUUUCUCCGGGUGGAACUCGCUGGUUGAUGCGCCAUGUCCAGUGGUGCUCCCAGCGAGCCGGAUCGAGAGCCGCCGCGACCCUGCCCCCGACCGCCGCGCGGAAACACUGCUCAGCGCCCUUGCGAAGGCCCGUCUCUCGGGUGUCGCAGUCGCGGCUGUCAGUUUUCACCUCUGCGACUGAGGGCCGAGGCAACCAGUUCACAUCUCCCGUCAACCCACCAAAUUUGUCGAAUAAACCCCCCUUUGGUUGUGAAGGGGGAGCCCGGGAAUAGGACUGGGAGCCAAGAUGCCCGGAACACCGCCUUUUCUGAUUCUUGGCUCAGAAUCAAUCUUUAUUCGACGUCUUUUCAAACAGCGUUCACUUCUUCGACCUCGGCUUUUCAACCAUGUUUUGAGCGGACGAAUCGGAGUUCAACCCUGCAGGCCGUGAUGCUCUCACGGGCUGCAGAAACAAGCCCAUUCCAACACAACGGAUCACCAUUGGACCUGGCGUUGGACCAGGUGGAAGACCAUGGCCUGGACAGCGACGACACAAACACAAAGGCCUGGCCACUCCACGCUUUCCCACCCAACAAGAUUGCCACACCUGAAAUUGGGAGGAAAGGGUUCUGGCGGUUCACUUUACAUUCUCUGGAUGCUACGAGAUAAUGACGAAAAUUAUACCUUGAAAAACAAAAACCCCUCUUCUGAGUUUUGGGCGGUCUCGGCUCUGUCGUUUGCGGGAUGCUGCUCGUGCUUGACAUCUGGGCAAGAAGGAUCUUGAGUGAGAGCUGUAUGCUAGUGAAUACAGGGCUUGAUGCCCCAAGUUCAGGAGUUGCCAAUAACGUGUUUCCUCAAAUGUGACCGCAGUGAUUGUAAUGACGACGACGCCGUCCUGGUGAGUACGUGCCCUACGCAGCAUCAUAUCACGCACCUUCGUCAACCUGAAC